AUGGCGACCGACUCGAUAGUGGGACCUGUGGAGGGAUGCGGGCCCAGAUCUGGGCCCAGAUAUUAUUUCAUGAGCGGGGACGAGGCACUCAAGUUGGGGAGUGGCGAAAUGGCGGGCGGGGAAGGCAAGAAGUUCAUGGAGAAGAUGAUGGAGAAGAGCCGACGGCAUGCAGCACCUGAGGCCUCAGACAUUGAGCGACUGCUUGAUGAAAUGCAGAGGAUCGAAGAGCCAGAGAGUUCAGAUGCUGAAACUCAGAGUUCGCGCCAUGUCAACAGGAAUGAUGACGUAGACAGCGAGAGAAUGAUGAAACAAGAUUUUAUCGAGAGGAGAAAGCAAGUCACACCUGAGAAAGUCAGAAACUCUCGUCAGUUGCGACAGCAGCAUCAACACCUUCUCAGUGGAACCGAGGGCAGCGACAAGAAGAGCGAGAUUCUUAGUGGAAAGAUUCUUGCCCUUCGAAGCAAGCGUUAUGAAUUGAUGCAAGCAUUAGCUCAGUCCCAUGCCCAUGAAACCUUACAUCCGAACCAAGACGACGCCAUGCCCGUUCUGAGUGAUGAACAAGCAAUGGCAGGAGCGAGUGAAGCAUCUUCCGUGAAAUCUUCGCCCGCCAAGGAUGUUCCCACGGAAAGGCAAUUAGAGCUUGCAGAUAUGGAACACAAUAGUAUGCUAUCAUUUCAAUUCGGAAAAGACCUUUUAAUCCAUCAAGAUAUGACUGAUACAUUUGGAAAGUCUGGCCAGGGAUGUGAAGAGCAGUCUUGCAUUUUUCUGGAGAAAUCUAUAAAUGAUCACUUGCUUUUGAUGCGACCUCAAGAUUUCAUCAAUGGUCGACUAAGUGAAACUUUGUUGAAUGAGCCUGAUCAGACUUGGAGCAGCGUUCGGGGAUGCCUUCAGUUGCUGGAGGAGGCUAUGGAGAGUUUGGCUUCCAUUCAAGGAGGCAGAUUGUUACAAGACUCGCAGGAAAUCAGAGGAGUUAGAGAAGUGAGUGCAAGUGACGACGACUUUGAUACGUCAAACGCAUCAACAAUGUGCACAGAGUCUGCUCGGGGCAGCAUAUCAUUACAUCCCGGGGCUUUGAACUCAUGCAUUCGGUCUUGGACUCCGCACUCGUCGUAUGAAGCAAGUACAUUUGAUGCCGAAUGGGAUAUGGCGGGAGGUGCAGAUCACCGAAUUCUUGAUGAUAUGGAGGAGUCGGCAGACGAUGAAGAUGAAGAUGAAGAUGAAGGUGAUUUUGGCCACAAGGUUGAACCUGAGGACGAUGAUAUGCCAAAAUCAUUCUUGUGCUCAGCUGCUGUUGUCACAGCGAGUGCUGAUAGGUUUUGUUCGGAUACAGCUUCUGACGUGUCCUCAUCUGAAAUUGAGUGGGAAGAAAGUGAGAUUGACGAUUUGGAAGCUGAUCAAGAGAUGGGGACGCAAGCAAGAGACUGUACGUGUGAUAUACAACAAUCCAUGACAGAGUGCCGACCUCUUCUUGCGACGUUUGAAACGAUCAAUGCCUCCGCCAAUAACCAGAGGACUAUGCUGUCUAAUACAGAUCGUCAGGUAUCGAGAAAAUGUCCUGAUGGUACAAAUGACCUGAAUCUGAAUGAAACAUUUCUGGGUUUGGGCGAUGGAAAGUCGGAAGCUUUUUCUGCGAUGUGUGACCUAAUCGACAAUCUCCGCAAGGACGUAGAGGAAAUCCAGAAACACGCAAACGCAAUCUGUAAUUUGUCAAAUUCAAUGACGGACGAUGCCGCACGGCCAGGCAGUUCAUCGAUAGACCCAUUGAAACGUGGACCACAAUCACUGGGUUCGCGCAAUCCAUUGAUGGAUAUUCAGCCUGAAGUCUUCCAUUCAUCCAACUCAGGCAGCACAAAGGAUGAGAGGUCAGAAACAGGGAUGAAUUGCGAGAAAUUGAGGACUGAUUCUCGUUGUUCAAGAGAGUUCUUGACUCAAAAUGGUAUUUUUCAAGGAUUGAAGGAACGCGACUUUGUUGAUCAACUGAGAGAGCAGAGGAUAGCUCUAGCAAAGAUUUUGAUGUACAAGCGCGAGACAGAUCAGCUGAGGGACGUUGAAAGAAAACUCUUCUGGAUCCAGAACAAGUUAAGUCUGGACACUGUUGGAACCUCACCAUCAGCUUAUGAAACGUUUACUCAAGUCCUGGAAGUUAGAGAAGAGUUAGAUUUUGCUCUGAAUGAGAGUUUGGAAGCAAGUCCGAAAAUACGAGCGGAAGCAACAGUUCCUAAAUGUCAAGACCAAAGCUUACAAGCAGAUGAUCGCGCGGAUGAGGAUGAGGAAAACAUCAUUUCACCAGAACAAGCGGAAAAGAUUGUUUGGCAAUGCCUAGGGCACUCAGAGUCUUCUUACUGUGAUCGAGAAGCUCAAUACCAUAUCGAAAGAACUGAGAAACUUUGUCAGACAGAAUGGUACGAACCCUCGUGUGGUGCAAGAGAAAAAUCUCUGCUUGAGCAGCAGUGCCAAGAAUGGGCGAUGGAGAAAAUUGCGAUAUUUCUUAACGAAGUGAAGUUGAGUAGAAGGAGUGUUGACAACCUCAUGAAGGAAAUUGCGUUCAAUGGUCAACAAGAGUUGAAGAUAGAUCAAGUGCUUAUCAAUUCCAAGCAAAUGGGAAAUGACUUGUCAAAGAUCGAAGCCAAUCUGAUGAAGUUGGUCAUCAAUCAGAACCAUCUACAAGACAGUAUGGAAGAAGCAAAUAUACGCCUGGGUGAUGCUGGAAUCAAGCUUGAGAAAGAUUCGACAAUCCUUUCUCGGCUGGCGGAUAAGGAGGAGCGACUGGUGUCACUUUAUACAGCAAUAGAGAGGCAGCUGGAGAAGUUCCGAAAUAAUGGCAGGGAUAGUGUGAUCGAGCUGCAAGAAAGACUUGAGACGAAGGUGCGGCAAGCACAACAAGUUACUGAUGGCAUGACCAGCUUCUUGAAGGAAACAGCUGCAAUGAAAAAUUGGAUUUCAAACAGUCCUGAGGCAAGAUCAGGCCAAACCUUCACCGUCAAUUGUCGAGAGGCGGUUGAACUGCCGGACAUGUCACGAUUCUCUGCCGUUGAGCCAGCAAGUGAGGACUCGUCAAAACUGAUCGACUAUGUUAGGAUGAAGUCCCGCGAGAGCAAGAGGUUUGGGAGUUGUCCUGAUGAAGUCGAGCUCGAUCUCUCUUCCUUCCCCUUGGGGCCCGGCAUCUGA